AUGGGAGAUUUAGUCAUUCCACCCUCAUGGCAGGUGAUAUUUGCUGUAUCGAUGAUGUAUCUCGCCGGUAUGAUCUUCUAUCGGCUGAAACUGCACCCUCUAGCACGAUUCCCAGGGCCGAAAUUGGCAGCUGUCACGCGUGGAUAUGAAGCUUACUACGAUUUUGUACUCAACGGCAAAUAUACAUUUAAGAUAAAAGAACUCCACAUGAAGUAUGGUCCCAUCAUACGUAUCAGUCCCCAUGAGCUGCAUAUUCACGACCAUGAUUUCUUGAACGCCCUCUAUAACCACGAUUCUAUGAAGAAAUAUGCCUGGUCUUACGAUGCUCAUACAGCCAAGGGCUCAACCGCGUUUACGAUCGAUCACCAACUUCACAAAGCACGUCGCCAGCCACUCAACCCGUUUUUCUCCAAAGCAAAGGUGAACGCUCAUCAGAACAUGAUUCAAAUGUACGCUGAUAAGCUGUGUCGGCGAAUCUCAGAGUAUACCAAUACCACGUUUGAUCUUGGUGCCGCUUCUCUCGCUUUUACUCAAGAUGUUGCCAACGAAUUCAUUAUGAAGAAAACUUACGGGAGCCUGGAUCGGGAAGAUUUUGACGUUGCGACGCUUGUAGUACUUCAGGGGGCUGGAAAAGUCUGGCGGCUCAACAAGCACUUACGUUGGUACGGACAUCUUUUGAAAGUGCUGCCCCUCAGUUUGCUCUCAAGAAUUGCUGGUGAUACUUUAACAACCUUUCUCCUGCGAUUACAUGAACAGUAUCAAGACACAGAAAGUCAGGUAAAGCUAGCCACCUCUCCGACGAUGAAAGGGAAGAAAAUGACUCCGCGGACUAUAGUCAAUGAUAUUCUUGACUCGAAAUUGCAACCAUCUGAUAAAACUGCUCAACGUAUUUAUGAAGACGUGUCCACAAUAUGCAAUGCCGCGUUUGAAACGACUGCUAACGUUCUUCGACUCAUCCUUUUUCAUGUCUAUAGUAACCCUGUCAUUCUUCAACAACUGAGGGCUGAACUCAAGUCUAUCAGGACGAGCGACUUGAAGACCUUAGAGCAGCUACCUUACCUGGCCGCGGUAUUGAAAGAAGGCCUUCGUCUGGGUGGAGGCCUCUCUACUCGGCUUCAGCGUAUCUCAGAGAAAGAUCUUUUCUAUGGCGAAUGGAGGAUUCCUGCCGGCCACCCAGUCGGAAUGACCCCCUUUUUGCUACAUACCGACGACCAAGUGCACUGCAAUGCUCAUGAUUUCAUUCCCGCGCGGUGGAUUGAUGUCAAUAGGAGGAAACAGUCUGAAGCUGCUUUUGUCCCAUUUUCUAAGGGUUCAAGGAUCUGUCUGGGAAUGCAUCUUGCCUGGGCCGAGUUAUACAUAGUUGUUGCUGCCCUUGUUCGGCGCUUUGACUUUGCAUUCCCCAGCGCGACCGCGCAGGAUUUUGUGUGUGACAGUGAUCAGUUCUUGAUUCAAACUAGGGCCAAGGGGCAUCUGUACGCCAUACCAACUCCAACCAAGCCUGGUCUAAGUUGA